AUGUGGCUAGUUCUGAAGCAUCAACUAUUGUAGUUCCUCAGUCCAAAUCAAAAAGCUUUCAUAAAUUAUUUAAAGUAAUUAGAAAAUUAGAAGGUGACGUUACAGUUCUAUCUGUAAGAAUGGUGAAAAGAGAUCUAUUAGUACAAUACUUAGUAUUAAAAGUCUUGUUAAAGGACUUCGGUAUUACUAGCAAAAUACUUGGUAUAAUACUUGACAAUGCUUCUAAUAACAAUACAUUUAUUGAAGCAUUUGAAUUAUAUUUUACAGAUAUUAGUAGUUCUUUCACUAAGCGGCAAGCACCAAACCAAGAAAAUGAAGAUCUUAAUAUUUUGGACCAAGCAAACACCUCUAAUACUUCUCAUAUCUCAACAAUUAAAAAACUUCAUAAGCUUAUCACAAAGCUUCAGCAUUUACCCCAAUCAUUUAAUUUAAUUAUGAAUGAUCUUAAAGAAAUGCUGGAAAAAGGGUUGUCAUCAGUAAUUAAUGAAGCUAUUGAAGCAGCACUUGAGAAAUUAAAAGUUUAUUAUGCCAAAAGUGAUAGCCCUAUCUAUGCAGUAACAACCUUAUUAGAUCCAAGAUUUAAAAAAGCACAUUACGAACACGAUUACCUUGCUAUACCUACAACUAGUGCACCGUCUGAAAGACUAUUCUCAAAAGAUUCAAACAUGGAUACUAAAAAGCAUGGAUCGCUAAAUCCAGAAACAAUUCAAAAAGCAAUUGCACUUUGUGAUUGA